AAUCCCACUUCUUAUUUGGUUUAAAUAAGUGUUAACAAACAUUUUUUUUUAUUUUAAUUCCUGACAUAAGUAUUAUGAUUGCUUUAAGACAACCUUUAAAUGGAACAAAAGCACUUAAUCUUCCAUCACAUGUUCAAUAAGUGGUCCUAAAACUCCAUCACUUCAAUAACACACACAAAUACAGAAAAACCAAAACUCUCACCAAACAUUAGUGCUUAAAAAGAGAAUUUAGCAAAAAAAAAAAAAAAAAAACCAGUAAGACCAACAUCCUUUUGUCUUAUUUUUGCAAACUUGUCUUCUCUUAUCCACUAUUCAUAGCCACAAAACAUUAUCUUACCAACAUAUUCUGUGUGGCUUCAAUUUCCCUCUAAACUUCUAGUAUUGGUUAUGUUGUCUGUUCACAUAACCCCACUUACUUGUCUUCUGUUUUCUCUUCAUUUUAAAAAUAAAAAAAGAAAAGAAACUCCAUCCACAAAAUUUUCAUAGUAUUACAUUUAACAAAAAAAAAAAAAACACAUAUCAUUUUCGCGAAAAUCAUAAAAUCCAAAACCAUAGUACAAUUCAAACAUGAUGUCUUCCACCAUAUGUUCAUGAACUUACCUCGAAAAUCGGAGUUCCAACAGCUUCCCGCCAAUUUUUGUAUUCGAAUUUUACGUAGGAUUGGUUUCUUGUAUGGAGAGAAUGUCACAGAAGGAACAUGUUUUAGUAGAUUAUGGUUCACAAGGAUCAUUUGAGAGUUCAUCAAACGACAUGGAAAUGGAUUUUAACGAUGUUUUUGGAGGUCCACCGAGGAGAUUUUCAGUACAAGAAGCAAGAACUAGGCAUAGUUUCAAUGAUUUAAUGGAGUCUGAAGAAGAUUCAGCAGUUUUACCGCGUAGUUCGUGGAAUGGAUUCAAUGAAAAGCCAGUUUUUGGAGGGCAAAAUGUUAACAGGAGGAGGAAUCAAGGUGAUGGUUUCUAUGAUGAUAUCUUUAGAGUUGAUGAAUCGAAUGGAUCGAAUCCUGGUUCUAGAGUUUUAAGCCCUGUUCCUUCUAGUUCACCGAAGAUUGAAGCUUUUGGUACUUCACUUCCAGCUCAAUUCAGCCUUCCUGGCAAGUUGACGAAAGCAACAGAUCUCCCCACGUUUGCUUCUGGAAGUCGUAGUCCAAACAAGAAGAAUGAUGCUCCCACAUUUUAUCGACAAAGUCCAUUGUCACGUGAAGGUACUGUUAUGGGCGAUGAUUCAAGAUACGCGUCUGAAUCUGAUGAACGAGACAUAGGAGGAAACCUGAAGAAGAGCGGAGAAAGCAUGGAAGAUUCGAGUAGUGAAUAUCAAUUUCAUUUCUCCAUAUACAAGUGGGCAGGCAAAGGAGUCCCCAUGCUUGUGUCACUCAAGGGAGGGAAGAAUUUCAAGUCUAAAGAGAAUAUUAAAUUUGAAAGAUGUUCUAGCUCCAAAGGAAGGAUGGAGAACGAGAGCACGGAUACCAUCCCAACAUUAGGAGGAAACACCAACUUCUCCAGGGAUGUGAAUUUUCACUCCUUCAGUACAAGAAGUAAGAACCCGAAGAGCAGUGACAAGGAAAAUGGUAUUGAUGGGGAAACUCUCGGCAUUCCAAAGUCUAAAUCCGUUCAAAGUUUUAAAGAUAUUGCUGGAGUUGAUGUCACUAUCUUAAGAACUGAACGAGAGGUAGAGGAACCUCUAUUCAGACAGAAGACAGGCUUAGGUGACGGAAUCCAGAUAGAAACUCCACGCAAUUCAGAAGAAACUAAAAAAGAUGAAUUGAAGCCUCUUGGUUCAUUUUUAGUGAAGGAGGUCGAGGAAAAAGGCGACGUUAAGAUGGCACAAGAAACAGAAAGGAAGAGUAACACUGGCAAAGCUACCGAAUCAGCAAAAUCAAAUGCUAAAGUCAAGGAAAACGUGAAGAAAAUUGAUGCUAAGGUUGAUAAAAAGUUGAAGAAAACUGAUGUUGAAGUCAGUGAGGACAUUCAAAAAAGAGAUUCACAAGCUAAGAGAAAAGGGAAGAGAGGUCUUGACAACAAAACUGUAGUAGACACAGGAGUAAACGGAGGUAGUCCACAAAGUUCUCCGUUAAGUUCAGCCGAGAAUUCAACUAAAGCUGGAAUUAAAGGAAAGGUUCAAGACUUUGUAAAGAUGUUCAACCAUGGGGCUCAUUCAACGGCCCAAGAAGGCGAAAGUCGAAAUAAAAACUUUAAAUGGAAAGCUACCAGCAAUAGUGGAGUUGACAGUGAAAAGAGUUAUAGCAUGCCAAAAGCAAAUGAGAAAGUUCAGUCGCCCACAAUUAACAAGACGCAAGAUGCAACCCCUAAUGUAGACGAGAAUCUUAAGAAGCAGGAGAAAACAACUAAAUAUUCCCAAACAAAAACACCAACUCCUCAGACUAAAGACAAUUCAGAUCAAAAGGCUGCUCCAUCGGGUUAUUCAGAUCAAAAGUCUGCUCCAUCAACUAAUGAGUCAAUAAAAGAUGAUCGAAGAACCUCUGUUGGAAGCAUGGAUGAUCUCUUUGGUGGAAAUUUUGAGGUGGAAGAAUUAUUUGAAGAUCAAGGCACAGCUUCACAGACUAAUGGAAAUUCUGAGGACCACAAAGCUUCAGAUGCUAAAAUUAGGCAAUGGUCACAAGGGAGAAAAGGAAAUAUCCGCUCAUUGCUCUCAACGUUACAAUUAGUUUUAUGGCCACAGAGCGGAUGGAAGCCUGUGGCAUUAAUGGAUCUAAUCGAAGGAAAUCAAGUGAAGAGAGCAUAUCAGAGAGCAUUACUCUAUAUACAUCCCGAUAAGCUCCAACAAAAGGGUGCUGCUGCUCACCAGAAAUACAUUGCAGAAAAAGUUUUCGACAUUCUGCAGGAAGCUUGGGAUCAUUUCAGCUCACUUGGUCCUAUAUAACACUCACAUAUGCAAUGUGGUAUCCGAGGAGGCGCGGUCACGUAAAAACUCUAUUCAUCUGUGUACAUACCAGGCAAAUAUGUCAUACAUAUCCACUCCAUACAACAUACCAAAAUCUUGCUUCUCUAUACUUCAAAAAGAAAAAAUAGAAGACAAGACUUUAAUCAAAGUUCAUAUGUUCUUUUCUCUACAGUAGAGUUAUGAGUUAGUUGUAGUUGUUGCAGAAUCUGGUAGUAGGCAUCAGAAAGCUAGCCUUAUUAUACAAAUUACAAAACUGCUCUUCCAUAUAGAUCGUCGUGGCAUGAACUUUGUCUAUAGAUUUCUAGCUUAGUUUUUUUUUUACUAAGAGUUAUCCUACAUGUUUCCA